AUGUGGGCUGAGGGCUCACUUACUUCCACCACAGGUGGGCAGGCGGAGCAUGCGAUCGAACACGACAGCAAGUCUGUCAAGGCUGUGGAGAUCAUUCGGGAUGACGAGGUGCAGCAGCAGAGGGAGCCACUGCCACAAGAGAUCCUCCUCCUUCCUCCCUGCCCUUUCUCCCCUCUCCUCUCCCUCUCCUUCUCCCGUCUUACCAGGCAGUGGAGGUCAUUCGAGAUGAUGAGGCGGUGGAGAUCAUUCGGGACGACGAGGUGCUGGGCAGCAGCGGAGGGAGCCACUGCCGCUAAGGGCCCUCCUCCUUCCUCCAUGUCUCCCUCCCCUCUCCUCUCCCUCUCCUUUUCCCGUCUUACCAGGCCGUGGAGGUCAUUCGGGACGACAAGGUGCUGGGCAGCAGCAGAGGGAGCCACUGCGGUCGAGAUCAUACGAGAUGACGAGGUGCUGGGCAGCAGCAGAGGGAACUUGAAUGACGUCUGGAACGCCAUGGCCACUGCCAGGUGGGUGGGUGGUGCUGCUGGCAGGUACCGGCAGUGGGAGGUGGAAUCGUCGAUGCGAAAGAGGAAGCAGCAGCAGCUGAGGGCUUUCCUUGGAGAGCUGCUGAAGGAGCAAUUGCAGGCAGAUUUGGCUGCGAUCACAGGACGCGCUUCAAAUCAAACCCUAGAGGCGCCACUGAGUGGGGACGCCUCCUCUUCCUCCUCCUUUUUGAGGUGCCUCAAAAAUAGAAUCUCACCGUCUCUCCCUGUCUCCCUCCCCCUCUCUUCCCCAGGUUCUAAACCUCUGCUGAUCCAGCAAGAUGCCCUUCAAACCCUUGACGCGCUAUCGAGGGACGACCCUUCCUCUUCCUCCCCCUCCUCCACCCCUCCACAGUCACCUUCGUUACAGUCACAUACGUUAAUCAAUGCCACGUCAGCAACAAGAGAAGCUGGCACGUCAGCAGGCUCAGGAGGGGCGGAGCAAGGGCCGCUAUCCCCUCAGAUGCCGAGAGGGGGGUGCUUCUCCUCCCAGGGGUUUCCAGGCAGCUGCUGCUGCCCCUCCGUGCCCCGAGCGCCGAACACCACCAGUGCCCCCCCUGUAGCAACAGCAGCAGCAACAACAGGAGGAGGAGGAGCAGCAGCAGCAGCAGGAGGAGGAUCAGCAGCAGCAGCAGCAGCAGCAGCAGCAGCAGCAGCAGCAGCAGGAGGAGGAGGAGGAGGAGCAGCAGCAGCAGCAGCAGCAGCAGCAGCAGCAGCAGCAGCAGCAGCAGCAGCAGCAGCAGCAGCAGCAGCAGCAGCAGCAGCGGCGGCUAGGGCGUCUGCUACUGCGUCAGCAGCAGAACUAGGUGGGGAGUCUGAUCGAGUGGGAGGAGUAACAGCAGCAGCAGCACCAUCUGAUCCAGUAAGAGCAGGAACAGGAGCAGCAGUGGCAGUUGAAUCAGGGGAAGGGAAUGCUGCUACUCCUUUCCUGCCUUCUGCUGCUACUGCUGCUGCUCCUGCUGUUGAAUCAGGGGAAUCAGCAGCAUUAUCAGUAAGAGGAGAAGGAGAAGCAACGGCAGUGGCAGUCCCGACCAUUGCAAUGCUUGGUGGUGUUUCUCCCAGGGGUUCCCGGGCAGCUGUUGCAAUGCUUGGUGGUGCAGGGAUGGACAGAUGUGAAAUCGACGCAGCAAAUGGUUCAUCAGCGAAUGGUUCAUCAGCGAAUGGUUCAGCAGGCAUAGAAGCAGACGAUGUAGGGGCAGCAUUAGCAGCACCAAGACAGCUACGGCCUGCAGAGAGGAGUGACUAUAACGAGGAUGGAGUGGGCCGGCGUUGCUGGAGUGACUGUAUCGAAGGGGCUUGUACAGAAACCAGGUGUAUGCAAGAAGGGAGGUGUGAUUGUGAUCAAGGUGAUUCUAAUGAGGGUGACUUUACCCGAUGCAGCACAGCAGCUGGGUCUGGUUCUGGGUUCACUCAGGAACAGUGUGACUACAACGAAGGUCAGGCCAGAGAGGCCAGCCUCCUGUCAAAAGAGGGUGCCACAUCAGCCGUAGAUGCCACGUCAGCAGACAAUGCCACGUCAGCGGGGCCUGCAGCUGGGGAUGCAGCAGAGGAUGCGACAGCAGUGGAGGAGGCGGCCUCUCUGCUGCUCCAGUCGUACAUUGAAAAGGCAGAGGCGCUGAGCAACGUGUUUACUCUAGCACAGGCAGAAGACACUCCUGGCGAGCUACCAGAGCACCUGUCGUGUCGCAUCAUGCUCGACAUUCUCCGCGAUCCCGUGAUAACACCGAGUGGAGUGACGUACGAGCGAUCGUCAAUAGAGGAGCACCUUAAAGCGGCCACGCUAGGACCCUCGGUCCCCUUCCCUCCCCUGGGGGACGGCUCUCAGGCCACACGGGGACCCUCGGUCCCCUUCCCCCCUUGGGGGACGGCUCUCAGGCCACACGGGGACCCUCGGUCCCCUUGCCCCCCUGGGGGACGGCUCUCAGGCCACACGGGGACCCUCGGUCCCCAUCCCCCCCUGGGGGACGGCUCUCAGGCCACACGGGGACCCUCGGUCCCCUUCCCCCCCUGGGGGACGGCUCUCAGGCCACACGGGGACCCUCGGUCCCCUUCCCCCCCUGGGGGACGGCUCUCAGGCCACACGGGGACCCUCGGUCCCCUUCCCCCCCUGGGGGACGGCUCUCAGGCCACACGGGGACCCUCGGUCCCCUUCCCCCCCUGGGGGACGGCUCUCAGGCCACACGGGGACCCUCGGUCCCCUUCCCCCCCUGGGGGACGGCUCUCGGCCACACGGGGACCCUCGGUCCCCUUUCCCCCCCUGGGGGACGGCUCUCAGGCCACACGAAGACCCUCGAUCCCUUAUUUUUAUUGGGAGACGUCCUUGGGUGCGCGUUGA